GAUUAUAUUGGGCAGAAUUAUGGCAAAAGCGAGGUUGUUUCAACUGAUGACUUUGAAAGCUGGGAGAAGCCUUAGUUACCAGAAUGGUUCAGAAUUUAUGGGCUUAUUUUUUUCAGUCUCCGUUGUGCGUGAAAUAUCCUGGAAAACGGCUAUUGCAGGAACGCGUUUGCAUGAAAAGUCACACAAUUGGCUUGGAGGCCCUCGCGGGGUCACCCCGGAUGGAGGGCAACUCCCUUGUUUUUGUUUGUUUGCUUUUUUUUUUUUGCUUUUUUUUUUUUUACUUUUUUUUCCACGUAAACACUUUGAAUCGGCCUUUCGAGAUGUUUGACACGCCUUCUAGGGACAUAUACUAGGACAGAAAUGAUGGCCAAUUUUUGUUUCCGUUUUGGUCCAUUUCAUUUAGCUCGGUCAGCACUGACAACUCUUCUCCAUUACUUGUGGCAGGUCAAGAAUUAUACUAUCAACAUGCAAGGUCAUACGUUUAUCGUUACACAAAAGCGUUCAUGAUCAGAAAAUAACUGUGAUAUAAAACAUCAUUGGACGAGAACUCCAGACAUGCAACUAUUUACUACCUGACUAAAUUUAAUGCUAAUUCGUUUCACUUCGCCGCGAAUAAGGAAAUAGGCUCCGACGUCUUGGUAAGGCAUCUUACGAUGUUCAGUUGAACCUCGCUACAUCUGAAACUCGGUUCUCGAAUUCCCCGCUACCUCCAACUCAGAACAUUUUUCUUUGGAUAUGCCUUUUAAACCAUUUAAAAAGCACUGCGGUUAGCCUAAAAAGCACUCCGGUUAGCCUAAAAAGCACUCCGGUUAGCCUGAAUAGCACUCCGGUUAGCCUAAAUGGCUCUCCGGUUAGCCUGUUUACAGUUAGCUUUCAAUAAUGCUAAGGGUAACUCGAUAAACCGUUAAAAAAUUCCUAAUUUCGCCGGCCGGUUGCCGUGACGCAGUGGUCAUGCGUAUCGCUUGCCAUGCGUAUCGCUUGCCAUGCCUGCGACCCGGGUUCGAAUCCUCUUGGGGUCGCCUGUCUUACAGUUGUUUUUACGGUGUUUUACUUUUUAAUAAAAUUUCUAAGUCUAACUGCCGGACACGGAGUAUUCUAAAAAACCUGUCCGGCUGCCAGACAUGUACCCACAGCGUUUACUCUCGGCUUCCUCGAAUCUCCCACUCAAGGCAUUUUUGGUUUCCCCUAAGAGUUCGAGGGUUCAAUUGUACCUUUGUAGCGAAUAUGAGCACUAGCACGUCCAGUGCUCCUCAUCUUACAAAGCAGUCAUUUUGUAAAUGUGUGUUGAUGGCUUAAGAAUUUAAAUAACAAAGGUAUGCCUCACAAUAAGUUUAUUAUCGUAUUCGUUAUUGUUUUUUGUCAAAGCUAUAGAAUACCGGAGAGAACGAACUCACUUCUCUGAUGAGACAGAGCAAUGGUUUUUUUUUUUGGUUUUUUUUUUGGUUUUACCGUGGCAAUAAGUUUCAAAAGGCUAACCAGAAGGCUGGCUUUGUGUGUCUCCAAUGAGCUUGACGUAACUUGUUAACUUUUUGGCGCGCAUAAUUGUAAACCGAAACCAUAUUCCCCGUGAAGUGACACCAUCUCGAGCUAUAUCUCGUCACUGCCUACUCCCAUUGCGAUCGAUAUGAAUGAAACUACAGCCAAAGCGAUCAUUUCCGCCCUGCUGUUUUCGUUUGUACUCUACGAGGUACAGGGUUUUUCGCUAACGCUUCUACAUACAAACGACAAUCACGGGCGAUUCGAAGAAACAGACUCGUACGGCUUUCUUUGUUACCCCAGAAAUGCACAGGCUGGAAAGUGCUUCGGUGGAGUGGCGCGGAGGGCGACUAUGCUCAAGGAGAUUCGAUCUCAGGAGAAAAACACACUGUUAGUUGCUGGAGGAGAUGUGUUUACAGGAACACUGUGGUACCGAGUUUACCGCGGAAAUGCCACGAGCAAGUUUAUGAACGAGCUUGGAUACGACGCAUUGGCCCUUGGAAAUCACGAAUUUGAUGAUGGCGUCGACAACCUGGUUUCCUUCCUUGGUCGGGUAAAUUUUUCUGUAGUGGUUUCAAAUCUGGAUGUUAGCAAAGAACCAGCAUGGCCGUCACCGCCCUUGUUUACCAAGUCGAAGAUUUUUGACGUCGGGGGUGAGAAAAUUGGCGUGGUUGGAUAUGUACUGCAAAGCACUCCAAUGCUGUCAAAACCUGGGCCAGGCCCAAACGUGAAGUUCCUACCCGAGGUAGAUUCUGUUAGAAGUGCUGUGAAUGAACUCAAUAAGCUCGACAUCAAUAAGAUUAUUGCCGUUGGCCACGCUGGUAUAGACGUAGACAAGAAAAUCGCCAAAGAAGUCGACGGUGUGGAUAUUGUGGUGGGAGGGCACACAAACACCUUCCUUUACACAGGCGCACCCCCGUCCACUGAAAAGCCGUACGGUCCGUAUCCCUUGGUUAUCAUACCGGACAGUAACCCAGAUGCCAGGGUGUUAGUUGUUCAGGACUUUGCUUAUGGUAAAUACCUCGGAAAACUGAAGGUCGAUUUUGAUGCUGAUGGUGAAGUGAUCAAGUGGAGUGGAAAUCCUAUAUUACUGGACAACUCAGUGAAAAAAGAUCCAAAAAUCCUCCAGCAGGUGCAACAAAUGAAAAGUGAGGUAUCCAAAGUGUCGGAGGUCAAAGUGGGUAGCAGCUACGUCUUCCUUGAUGCAAGAAAACCAGCGUGUAUGCUCAAAGAAUGCAACUUAGGAAAUGUUGUCACAGACGCAUUUGUGUUUCACUACGCUAAACAAUUUGCGAGUGAAUCACAAUGGACGACGGCUAGUGUUGCGAUUCAGAACAGUGGAAGCAUAACUUCAUCAAUCUUCGUCAACGCUAAAGAUAAUGUCACGUAUGGUCAUAUAGCGAACAGUUUUCCCUACAGAAACACGGUGGACAUCGUGGAACUUAAAGGCAAGGAUCUUGUGCAGGUUUUUGAACAGGUGGCUUCACUGUACGACGAAAGCAACCCCAGUGCGUCAUUUCUGCAAGUCUCAGGACUACAAAUACAGUACGACAUGAAAAAGCCGUCUGGUAGCAGAGUGGUCGCAAUUCAGGUUCGUUGUGCUUCCUGCAAGUACCCUUCGUACCAAGCUCUUGACCAGUCCACUGUGUACAAAGUAAUUCUAUCGUCCUACAUGGCCGGGGGUGGAGCGGGGCUGAGUGUUAUCGCAGAGAAGAAACUCUCUCAUCAAGUUGGCAACAUAACUGAUGAUCAGGUGAUGAUGGACUAUUUCAAGGCAAAAUCUCCGAUCAUGACCGGGAUAGAAAACAGAAUCACCUUUGUGGAUGAAAGGGAUAAGCCAUGUGUUAGCGGAGGAAACCUACCCAGUUUUGGCUUUCCUUUGGUAUUUACGAUCGUUACAUCAUAUUUUCAGUUGUAAAACAAGUUGCUUGAGUAAGCGUAAAAACAUAGAUUAUGGGUGUGUUCCUUUAGGAUGUUCCGGAACAGGAUCAAUCAUUCAACUUGAUCACUCGGGUCGUGGUGCAUCCGAGGAACCGAUGAAUGACAUCUGGGCAAGGAUUCAUUGGUAUUUUUAGGCUGUGUCCACAGUCCACACUAAGCCGGAGGAAUUUGAACACGGAGUUUUCACUCUGAAAACGCAAAAUUAAAAAAUGCCAAGAUUCCGUCCCCCACUACGCCGGAGGAAUUUAAAAACGCAACAAUCGUCGGUCAUUUUGGAUUUGUGUAUUGAGGAAAUCUCUGGCAGGGAAAUCACUUGAUUGUCGAGAUGUCUUCGUUUUCUAAAAUCUCCGUUUUCAAAAUGCUUUCCGUCCACACUAAAAUACAAAGCCGGCGUUUUCAAAUUUCUCCAGUUUGAAGAGCGUUUUCGAAAGCUCUGAUUAGUGUGGAUGGUUGGCCUAACCGUAGAAAUUAAGCUCGGUAUUAAAAUCCAUCCGCCGUUAUGUGGACGGGGCCUCAGAUGCAGCAUGAUCCGAGUGAUCUUGGAUCAUUUGUCCUGAUUCAGAUCAUCACAAAAAAACUGAAACGCACCCUUAUAAAAAUGGUUAGGUAAGAUCCCACGACAAGUUGAAAACCUAGCUAUGUUUUGCAUGGCCAUAAGAUCUUCCAGUAUUGCAACACUAAACAAUUAAAUGGCAAUGUUGUAGACAGGAUCGAUACAAAUCAAGGUACAUCAAACUGAUUUUGAUAAUAGAUUGUUGCGUCAAUAAUCUAAGACUGACAAAAUGAACUCCGUCAACUGAAUAUUAAUAAAAUAUUCAGGAGAAUUCAUUUAAUUCUUUGGUAUAUCGCUUUUAUUUGAGAUUUAGGGUGAUUCGGUACAUGAUUUUUUUAUUUUCCUGUUAAACCCGUUCCUAAGAAUUCUAGUUUCUUGGAGCGCUGAAUAUUAUGUUGCCAAUACUGGAUAUUUUCGUCGCAUUACGUUUACAUUGAAUGUGUUUGAUCUUAGCUUCUGUCAAUAUAAAGAGCUAGAGUAGGAUCAAAAUCGGAAAAAUAGCAUUAGAGAAGAAAGUAUUGUUACCAUAGGGAUGAAGAUCUGCCGACUGUUAAAAAGAUCUUUCUAAUAAUGGAGUCAUUGCAGUUAUUCUGACUGAUGUUCGUUUACACAAUGGAACCCCGAAUAUCACGACUACUGAUAUGACGUUCGUUAUCGCGUCCUGAGCAAAACCUCAGUUCUCUCUCUCCUGAAAACCCUUUUUAAGCGACUAGUGACUUCGUUAAUGGCCCUAACGACCACCGUUUGGAUUUUCCGAGCUUUCAAUGGUCUGUAACGGACAAGUACAAAACUCGGACCGAAUCAAAUCGACUCAGCGAUAAAAGAAAACAAAAUCGGCGAUCCGAGUUGAUCCGGUAAGAGUUUUGCCCCUGCCUGUUUCAUGACUUAAUCUUGUUCAUGACCUUUUAAAACAGGAGUUGAAGUGAAUGACAUUUACCCAGUAAGUUGAAAAAUCAGUGCUCCGUUACACUGACGCUUCCCUAACGUUUUCAAUGGAAACUACCGUAAACUUCCAAAACUAGUGACCCUCGAAAAUAGCAGGAACAAGGUUCCAAAGUUCAAAAGUAGUGAAAGUUACAUAUGGUACUACAUUUGGUAAUUAUAAUAAAGGCACUCUGCAACAAGGGAAGGAAUUGCUUAUGCCACAAAGUAUUAUGAAAUGUCACUUCGUGCUUCGUCCGUUUAUGUUGCGCCAUUUUAUAACAAAAACUGUGAAACUUUCAUAGUCAAGCGAACAAGAACGUACUCACAGGAACUUUUCUUCACAUUAAAUUGAAGUGUCAUUUUCAACUGGGGCGUAUUUAAACUGAAGGCGAGCGUUCCUUUAAAUUAAAAUUGAAAUCUUGACCAGAGCACCGAGAUAUUGAUAUAGCAGACUAAUUAACGGUGCAGUCGAGUAGCUACCAGCUGCCGAAAAACAAUACGGUCUCGACACAAGGAACACCCCAUGUGACAGCAACAUAAAUUUAAACUGGAACGAAGAAUUUCAUCUCAUGUUUUAAGGGCUGUUUUUACGAACUUCCCUCUUUUAUUUCGUAAGAAGUACACAGUCGCAUCAACCUUAUAUAAGGUUUUCUGCUCCCCGAAAGUAACGAGUCCCUGAAAGAAGCCAGCCCCAAAUGCUGCUAAUUCCGAAAGAAGCGAGGGUCGUUGCUUUUGGUAGUUUACGGUAUAAAACACCUGUCCUUUACUAAAAAGAUCACUCUUACACAUAUAAUUACAAAGCUUUUUUUAUUGCAGCUGUAAUUGCAUACUACUUAAAAGUCAAACUAUCGUACAGUGUUCUGGCCGAGUGACCGUCACCUUAAAGUAUGCCUACACUCUUUUCAUAAAAAUAUUAACAGGUCUGCUAUGAUAACCACCAUUUCUAUAACCACUACCUUUGGUUAAGAGUUAAACCUAAUAAUGAAAACAACUUCUGUACAAUAUCUGUUUACUUGGAAAACGUCUUACAAAAGGAAUAGUGACAGUGAAGGUACUGAUUCAAAACAAAAUUCUCCAUACCACAGAGAACAAAUUGAAACAGGGCAGUAAACAGAAUCCUAUUGUAGACAGACCAUUCUCAUUUUCUUCUUGCCGCCUGAGAACAAAGAAUACUACAGAGGCCUUGCGGCCCUUUUUUUCUCCCUUAGCAUUUUUUACACCUCAGGUGAAAAUUCAGGGAGGAAAAAGAAAAAUGCUUGCAGAUAAAUACUUUGUUGCUGAAUUUCGAAGUACAUGUACAUGAGUUAUCGAAGAAGGAGUUUACACCGAAAAUCUGAACACAACAAUGUGUGACCAACAAUGAACAACCUUAGCUGUAGCUACAACAUUACCAGCGGUACCGACAUUUACAGAGAACUGUUGAAAACCCGGGAUGAAAGAAACGGCACGGCUAGAUGCAUGUUCAUGAAACAAAGGUCUGUGAUCAGAGUUCAAAACUCAUAGACUCUCCCAGGACAAUAU